AUGCAACCACACCCUUUACAUUCACAACCGCUACUCAACCACCUCCAACCAAUUCAACUACACCCUUUACAUUCACAACCGCUACUCAACCACCUCCAACCAAUUCAAUUCACAACGCUAUCAACCUACACAACACUCAACCAAUUCAACUACACCUUUACACAACCGCUACUCAACCACCUCCAACCAAUUCAACUACACCUUUACUCACAACCGCUACUCAACCACCUCCAACCAAUACACACCCUUUACAUUCACAACCGCUACUCAACCACCUCCAACCAAUUCAACUACACCCUUUACAUUCACAACCGCUACUCAACCACCUCCAACCAAUGCAACCCCACCCUUUACAUUCACAACCGCUACUCAACCACCUCCAACCAAUGCAACCCCACCCUUUACAUUCACAACCGCUACUCAACCACCUCCAACCAAUGCAACCGCACCCGCUACUCCACCACCUCCAACCAAUGCAACCACACCCUUUACAUUCACAACGGCUACUCAACCACCUCCAACCAAUUCAACUACACCCUUUACAUUCACAACCGCUACUCAACCACCUCCAACCAAUUCAACUACACCCUUUACACUCACAACCGCUACUCAACCACCUCCAACCAAUUCAACUACACCCUUUACAUUCACAACCGCUACUCAACCACCUCCAACCAAUUCAACUACACCCUUUACAUUCACAACCACUACUCAACCACCUCCAACCAAUGCAACCACACCCUUUACAUUCACAACCGCUACUCAACCACCUCCAACCAAUGCAACCACCCCCUUUACGCCAACACCCACCAAUGCUACUACCCCACCCAACGACUCUUCUCUUGUGACCAUGGAAACAACAGGCGGAUCUGGACAAACUCUAACAGAUAA